CUUUCUUAGCAGAUAAUGUCACCCUGCCUCAAGAUACCGUAAACUGAGUGGACUGUAGCUGUGAAGUGCUAUUCAAUCCUCUUAGAAUCUUAAAGUUGACAAGAUUUUCAAGAUGCCAAAGCCAGUUGCAAUCAUUGCGGGCGCAGGGCCGGGAACAGGCAGUGCUGUCGCCCGCAGGUUUGCAAAGGCCUACCCUGUGGUUCUGCUUGCUCGAUCGCAAAUAUCACUCGACCCCUUAGUUCACGACAUCAGGCAGAGUGGAGGCUCUGCAAUGGGCAUACCUACUGACGUGGCCAGCUCCUCAAGCAUGAGUUCGACAAUGGAACAAAUCAAGACCAAGUUUGGUCCUGAUCUUAGCAUCGCAGCAGCGAUCUACAACGUUGCUGGUAAAUUUGCAAGAAAGCCUUUCCUGGAACAAAGCCCAGAAGAGUUCCUAGGGAGCCUUGAACCGUCCAUGAAGGGUGCAUUCAACUUCGCUCAGGCCACACUGCCCUUGAUGUUGAAUGAAGACAGAGGAGAGUAUCCACCCACCCUCAUUUUCACAGGUGCAACGGCUGCACUCAAAGGUAGUUCUGGACUAUCUGGGUUCGCCAUGAGCAAGUUUGGAAUUCGUGCUCUGUCCCAGUCUCUCGCGCGUGAAUUCGGGCCCAAGGGCGUUCAUGUGUCCCAUGCUAUCAUUGACGGGAUCAUUGAUACUGAGAAGACUAAGGGUUACGGUCAAGAAAUCCCCGAUUCGAAAAUUGAUCCCAAAUGGAUUGCGGAAUCAUACUGGUUUUUGCACACCCAGCCCAGGACUUCAUUUACCCAUGAAAUAGACCUCAGGCCGUAUUCGGAGAAGUGGUAAAAGAGAAAAAAAGAAUGACUGUCCGACAAUACUUGUAUCUCAGAUUGAUAUUUAAUGAUGCAAUGCUAUCAACCCUUGUAUGGCAAGAAUUAAUCAUGUCGAUUACAAC